AACGGAGGAAAAUAUGACCAGGUGUGUCAAUUUUGUCAAAAAUGGAUCGAUAGUUUCAAUUCUUUUUUUUCUAAACCUUCUUUUCACUCUUAUUAAUCUCGUUCAUUUUAAACAAGUAAUGAAUUUAUAUCAUCGCAGUUUCAUUUUCUAUUUCUCAACAAAUAAAAUUUCUAUCAAUAAUUUGAAUUUUUCUUCUUUUAGAUCUUAUUUUGUAUUCAAAAUUAUAUUUAAUCUUCUCUUAUUAAUUAUCGUCAUCUUCUUUGUAAGUCUAAUAAUUAAGAUACUAAUGAAAAAUGUUUUAGAUCAUUUGUCAUAUCCAAUGAGAUUAUCAGCGUUUCGAAUGACAAAAUAGACUUUCAAAAUUUGAAAUUCAAAUGUACUCUCUCUUCACUUUUUUUUUCAGGCAAUUUUAAUCGAUUUAGAAAAAAAAAAUGAUAUUCAUUCGUUGGAUGAUGACUCAGUUUUUUUCUUUUUCUUUUAAUAUGAACAACGAAAAGAUAGACAGAAAUCAUGAAGCUUUGCGAAUUUUAACAAAUUCCUUGCAACUCACUCGUUCAUAAGAUAUAGAUAUCGGUCUAUCCAGGCGUACCAGCCAAAAAACGUACGUUCAUAACGUUUUACGAAAGUCUUAGUUCGUUAGCCGUGAAACAUACAGAGUAGUUUAAAAUUUUUCUUUCAGAUGGUUAUUAAGCAAAGUCUAGCUCUAAUCUAAACACCUGCCUGUCUAUAAUUCGUGCCAAAAAGGCCCUUUUAUACGAAAGUGGCGUAUACCAAAAACAUUAUGUCACUUAAACUAGACAGCUGAUAGAUAUUGCUUAAUUAUCAUUUAAAAGAAAAAUUUUUAGACUACAAAAUAAGACGUUCUUCAACUGUGUACGUUUCUUGGCUGAAGAGCGAUGAAUUUCACAAAACGGUACGUGGACAAGUCCAUAUCCACAGUGAGGAAGAAGAUAAUAGACAGAAUUAGAGAAUAACUAUGAACGGGCAUCAUCAAAUCAGUAGAGAAAAAGAAAAGAGAAACUCAAUUUUUCGUCACUAUUCCUAGCUCACUUGUUUUUCAAAUGUGUAACGAUAAAAAAACGCAUUAAUGCCAAAAAAAAAAAUUGAAACUAUCGAUCCAUUUUUGACAAAAUUGACACACCUGGUCAUAUUUUCCUCCGUUUCUGAUCAACAACAAUAAUUAGAAAAUGACGAGUUACGUACUAAGAGCAGUGAUUCAGCAAUUCAACUACCAGCGUUUUUGUUUAACGAAAAAAAUAAUGAAAAUUUGUCAACAACUGCAUCGAUAAUUUCUUCAAUAGAAUGUCCUAUUCAUUAUAUACUACGAAUAGGCAUGCACCAAUUACGGUUAGCCAAAGCUGAUCAAGAUUGGCUUUAAUUCUUCGCGUACAAGGUUAAGGUACUAUCCAUGAGUAUUUUUUCGGUUUUACAAACGGGUUUAAACCCAUUUUUUCGCUGGAAAAGCUUCUAAAUCUCGUUUUCUUAGGAAACCGUGGUCAAACAACGCAUUUUUGCUAUUGAACUACCAUCAACUGUGUGCGUUGUUUUUCAGCGAAAAAACGGUUUUAGAAUCGAAAAAAUACUCAUGGAUAGUACCUUAAUGUUUUACGCGGAGAAUUAGCGGUUGACGGCUGUUCACUUUCGAUAGCUGCUCGCGGAUCCAGCUGGACACUCACUAGGAAAAGCAUCGAAAGGUCAGAUGGUUUUUGUUUGAUUUAAACUUAUCAUACAUCAAUCAAAAGUCCUGCUUAUGCCUUCUCUGGCCGCGAAUAUGCCAGUAGUUUUACCGGCACAUGGAAAAAAAAUGUAGAGAAAGGAUGAUAAAUACAAAAUUUAAUGUAUGUCCGAUUGGAUCCCCAAAUAGCUGUCAACGUUUAAAGUCGGUCUUUAUUAGUUUCGGUUACAGCGGUUAUAAUCAUAAUCGGUGCAUGCCUCUUUUGCGAAAAGAACACAGUAUACACAUGCAAAAGAGAGUUUCAUUAGAAACGCUGAUGAUUAUACAUCUAACUCUUAUUAGUAAAAGAUUAAGAUUUCUAUGAACAAAUAUAAUCUUCAGAUACUUAUUUUUAUUAUUCAUUUGUUUUUUAUCUUUCUAGUUAUUAAUAUCAUCGAUAUGGGUUUAGGUCAAUCAGCAGGCGAUAAAAUAGCAUUAAGUGAAGAUAAACAUUUGCAACCAUUGCAUCGUUCAGCAUCGAUUACAGGCACACAAACAUCAACGAAUGUAUCGACAAUUGAUAAUGAAAAUACAAUAAAACCAAAAUGUAAAGCCUGUUGUGCCUGUCCCGAAACGAAAAAUAUUCGAGAUGAAUGUGUUCUAAUGAAUGGUGAAGAACAAUGUUCAAAAGAAAUUGAAGAACAUAAACGAUGUAUGCGAGCAGCUGGUUUUAAUAUUUAA